CCCCCCCCACUUCUCUCCCCACAGGUCCAUGGGGUGGCCGUGAGCUCUGAAGGAUGCUGAAGAAGAGCAGCUUGGUGCUGUGGGGGGCCGCGCUCUUCAUCGCCUGGCACGGCCUCCUCCUCCUCUUCCUCUGGAGCCGCCCCCCUUCCUCCUCCUCCUCUUUCGGCGGCGAGGAAGGCUCCCGUUUGACCGCCCAAGUCAUCCGUUUGGCUCAAGACGCCGAAACCGAGCUGGAAAGGCAGAAAGAUCUCCUCCGCCAGAUCCACCGCUACAGCCAGCUAUGGGGCCGGCGGAAAGCAGGCCUCAAAUCAUCCCCGGGACCCCCAAAAAACCUCUCCCCACCUCCUCCUCCUCCUCCCGUUAUCACCCAAGAGGAGGAGGAGGAGGAUGCCGAGCCGGUGCUGCCGGUGCUGGUCUUGGCCUGCGACCGCAGCACCGUGCGCCGUUGCCUGGAUAAACUCCUGCGUUACAGGCCUUCGGCCCGACGCUUCCCCCUCAUCGUCAGCCAGGACUGCGGCCACGCCGAGACCGCCCAGGUCAUCGCCUCCUACGGGGACGCCGUCUCCCACAUCCGUCAGCCCGACCUCAGCGACAUCCCGGUCCCUCCCGAGCACCGUAAAUUCCAAGGAUAUUAUAAAAUCGCCCGGCAUUAUCGUUGGGCUUUAGGGCAGGUCUUCCGGACAUUCCGUUACCGCGCCGCCAUCGUGGUGGAAGACGAUUUGGAAAUCGCUCCCGAUUUUUACGAGUAUUUCCAAGCGGCUUUUCCCCUCCUCCGGGCAGAUCCCAGCCUUUGGUGCGUCUCCGCAUGGAACGACAACGGGAAGGAGCAGAUGGUGGACGUUUCUCAAGCCGAGCUCCUCUACCGUACCGAUUUCUUCCCCGGUUUGGGUUGGUUGCUCUUGGCCGAGCUUUGGGAUGAGUUGGAACCCAAAUGGCCAAAAGCUUUUUGGGACGAUUGGAUGCGUCAACCCGAGCAACGCCGGGGUCGUUCCUGCGUCCGCCCCGAGGUCUCCCGCACCAUGACCUUCGGCCGCAAAGGCGUCAGCCACGGCCAAUUUUUCGACCAAUAUUUAAAAUUCAUCAAACUCAACGACCGCUUCGUGCCUUUCACCCGCCUGGAUCUUUCUUACCUCAAAAAGGAAGAGUACGAACGGGUUUUCCUCCCCAAAGUUUACUCCGCUCCCGAAAUCAAAGUGGAAGAACUCCAAGGCAACCGACGCCGGGAUUUGGGAGCCGUCCGGCUCCAAUACAGCGGCCGCGAUUCCUUCAAAGCCUUCGCCAAGGCCUUGGGGUUGAUGGACGACCUCAAAUCCGGCGUCCCCCGCGCCGGUUACCGCGGCAUCGUCAGCUUCGUUUACCGGGGGCGCCGCGUUUACCUGGCCCCCCCCUCGGACUGGACGGGUUACGAUCCCAGUUGGAGUUAACGGAGGGGGGGAAAUUGGGGAGAUGGACACCCUCCCUCCUUCCUUCCCUUUGGAUUUAUUCAUUUUUAUCCCCCUCCAAACCCUCAAACCCCCUCUUUUUGGUUUUUUUUUCAUCGUUUUUAUUUCAAGGGUGGGUUCUGGCGCAGGUUGGAGCCCGGUGACACCACGGGGAGGGGGGGGGAAAAAGGGGCUCCCGGAGGAGGAAUUUCUUUCUGGAAUAAAAGGCCAAAACCAAACAAACAAAAGCCUAAAAAA